AUGGUCAAGGCGGACGUGCGGAGGGAUUAUUAUGCGGACCUGGGUUUGACGCCCAGCGCAGACGCUGAAGACAUCAAGAAGCAGUUCAGGAAAUUAGCCCUCAAGUACCAUCCCGAUCGAAAUCCAGGCCGCGAGCUCGAGUUCAACGCCAAGUUCCAGGCUAUCCAAGCGGCCCACGAAAUUCUCAGUGACCCCCAACAGCGCCUUAAAUACGAUACAGACCGACUACGUGCUGGAUACGGCAAGCUUUAUGGUCCAAACAAGGCGAAUACUCGCCCGCAGUCUUUUCAUAAUGGGCCUUCGACCGGUGCCCAGCGUUAUGCGAGCUAUGCGAGAGCGGCCCCCAAGCAGCCGUGGGAGAAGACGCAGGAUGAAGGACAGACCAGGGCUGAUGCGUAUCGUGGGUUUCAGGAGAUGAAGGGGAACUCCACGCCUGGAUGGUCUCAUUUUGAUCCACGUACUGGACGAGCAGGAUAUACAGGGGCUGCCCGACCGGAUGCCACACCUAAUGGGCACCCCACUAGACCGAAGUCUGCAUACGAGUACUUCAAGACAUCCCCCAAAACCACAGCCAACGAGUCAUCCCGCACUCAGUCUGCGCGGAAGAAGCAAGGCUUUGCUCCCAGGACUGCUGGCGGGGAUGAACCCAUGGCUGCAAAUACAUCAUCCUACACCAGCGUACCUCGAAGGGAGCGCUUUCAGGCGCCCGACAGCUUUCAAAGGGAAACUGCCCCCUCCCCAACGGCAGAGAGACCUGCGGCAACAUCCGGCUAUCGAGCUGAGAACACCGGGACUCCUGAUUUUGAGCGAACAGGAAGUAAGUAUGCCGGUACCGGCGGCGAGCGGACAUUUUUCUCGAGUUCAUGGCUGCGUUCUGAAGGUGUGCGCAAUUCACCCAAAAGCUCCAGCGCUCAAUCGCGGACGAACCCCCCAAGUCCGACUCCUCCUCCUACUGGGAGACACAAAAGCGCUAGUCCUAAGUUGCGCAGCGACAGAGGUCGAAACUACGACUCGACAAGCUCAAGUGGCACCGAGGAUGAAUUCAUCUCUCGCAAACCUAAGGCGGUCCCCAAGAGCAGGCUACAAAACCACAAAUAUGCCAAUUUUCGUUCUCAGACAGGUUCUACUCCUAGGACGGAACCCGCCAAGCCAGCGUCGUCUGAAAAUAUUUUUGGUGUAUUCUCGUCAAACUCAAACCCGGCGCCUAAUGAAGGCCAAGCACCACCGAAUGGAGCCUUCAAGAGUAGCAGUCACGAUGAUUUACGCAAACCAUUUACUGCGGAUAGUUGGAAAGGCGAUUUUGGGUUUGGGUCAUUCACAUCGAGCACGACAGAGAAUGGCCGACCUGACUUCAACCAUCGUCCGAACAGCCGUGGACGAACCUCAACAAGAGCGAGUCCUUCAAGGGCAGGCCAGCCGGGACCAUUCAGCCAGGAUUCGUCUCGGUCGGCGUCCGUUUCGCAGCAACCGCCGACAGCGUUUCCUGAGGCAAAGUUCUCUGUGGACGAGUGGGCUGCCAAACUCAAGGAUGUACGGUGGACCAUGCCUCAAAACGAGGAAGCCUCUCAGCAGGCGAAUACUCAGCGCCAACGAAGCCCUAAGAAGCAGACCAAAUCCGGGUUUAAGAUGCGACCUACGCCACAACCUGCCAGUGUUGCGACAGAAGCGGAAGAGUCCCGGAGGACUGUCGGAGGUAGCGCAAAACAGGAGACGACCGGUACAUGGGCUGAGGAAGUGGAAGCCAUGGAUCUCGAUGAUGAUAUCCCUAGCAAAAACACUGAUGCAGCUUUUCAAACAGACAAAGCAUCCAAAGGUCAAGUCCCUCAGCCGUCUUCAGGUGUCGACAGCAAAGACACCGGCGCCAAUUCUAAGUCUCGUCUAUUCAACCUGAAUGACCUAGGCAGCACAGCGCCAUUUACCAGCACAAAUAGUGGCGGCAUUGAGGAUUUGCAGGAUAUCCAUGCGACGCUACCCUUUGAGUCACGUGCGAAGGUUCCGAGGACGACGGCACGGAAUGUGCGUCCCAGGCGGCUCAUUUGCCCAAAUCCACCGAAAAGACCCAGCCCACCGGAGCUUGUUCCAAUCAGCGCAGGGUCGCAGCAACUCGGUCUGCCCCGAGGCGCAUGGGACCGUUAUGUCGCGGAGAUGGGUGCCUACAUGCGCGAGUGGAACGCUUUCAAUCGUCGACUUCUGCGUCAUUUCAAUGCACGCCAGGAUGCGAUGGAAACAGGAAUGGCCCCCAACUGGAUUGGCGCUGUUGGAGAUUCCGCACGUAUUAAGAUCAACGAGCCGAGUGGCGAGGAUGAUGAAAGAGCGACUCGUGAAGACGACGAUGACGCUGAGAGCGACGACGCUAUGGUGGCCGGAAGCGCCAAAGCAGGAUUCAGUGCUUAUUUGCGUGCAUUUGACGAGGAUGAAAAAGUGCACAAACAUUGGGAAGUCGCUCGUGAGAACCAUCGCAAAUGCAUUGUGGAGCUCGGGGAGAUGCGGGAAUGGAUCUUGAAUGGAGGAAAACUGAUUUAG